AUGGAACAAAAUGUUUGGGGAAGACUCAAUAUUCCUAAGCAUAGAUUCAUUUUCUGGCUUGCAAUGAAGGAGAAACUUCGUACCCGGGUUCAGAUUAGUAAAUAUAACCCCGCUAUUGAUCGUUCUUGUCUUUUGUGUGGUGAUCACGAUGAGGAUGAGAAACACUUAUUCUUUGAGUGUUCUUACAGCUGGAGUUGUCUUACUAGAAUGAAAGCUUGGUUGAGAUGGAGCACACGGGCUGAGAAUCUAGGCUGUUUACUGCAUUGGAUUGACAAAGCAAAGCAAAUUAGCAAGGUGAGGAAGCAAAUAUAUACUGUGGUCCUGGCAGCUCUUGUUUACCACAUUUGGUUAGUUCGGAAUGAUGCUCUUUGGACUCACAAAGUUUGGCAAAUUAACCGUACUGCACAGAGAAUUCAAAGUGAUGUUAAAUUUCGAAUAUAUCAUGUAAUGCCUAAGAAGGCCAAGAUUAUAGAUAGAGAUUGGUUUGAGCACAUAUGUAGUUCUAUACAGGGGAGAAAUUAG